CAGUGAACGACUGCAAGGCUCAGGGACCUGGCUUGUCUGUCAAAUUCUUGGGAUUUGUCUGGUCGGGGUGAGCUUGGCUAACAGCGUAGUGUCGUGGACACACACCUAUGCUCGAGUACACAAUGUCUCCCAUUGUUGGGUGUGCACAGAGAUUCCCCCGGGACAGGCCGGCGGAUUUCCAUCGUGCAUCCACCCGGCCACCACUGCCAAUUGGAUGUGGCUAGCUGACCAAGACUUCGGCAACGCCUCCUGGGACUCUGUGUGUCAAGCCAUCGAGACUUUAAUCCAGCGGGACUAUGGCAAUGCCCACCCCUUUAUUGGUUAUGCCGUGUGGAACGGUUGGGGGUGGCUGAUAGGAGAGCAAGUAGAAUUCAGAGAGCCUACAGACAGGUAUGUGGAGCAGCAGCGAAGCAGUAAGAAUCACGUUGUUGGCUGGCUGCCUUCAAACUUAUGUCGUAACAUAACCAUCAAUGCUGAGGCCCAGAAGUGCCGGAAUGGAAAGCGUUAUACCGGCACAAAACCUGCAGAUAGGAUGAUGCCAGGAUUCUUAUGGGUGUGUGGAAGGUAUGGCUGGCCCUACCUCCCAGCGAAUUGGUCGGGUCGAUGCACCUGGGGAAGGCCCUACAUCCUUGGGCGAAUUCUCAAGACUUUAGGAGAAAUUCCCCAUAACUGGGACUCAGUAUGCCACCGGUGGCAUCCUGUUAAACGGACUCCCUGGUGGUUUUACCCCUUAGCUGUAUUCCUCCCUGCAGCAGGAACAAUUAAGGUAGAGUUAGAAGGAACAGCUUUAGUGGAGCAUACAGCUAAAGCCUUGAAUCAGACCCAGCAAGCCCUUACUUUAAUGAUGGGUGAAAUGACACGGAUGCAAAAGGUGGUACUGCAGAAGAGAAUGGCACUAGAUUUUUUAACUGCUGCAGAAUGCUAUGUAAUUGAGUUACUGAAGAACCAAAAACCCAGUGAUACUAACAAUUUAAUUGUUUCUUUCUGUGAAGCUAUAUACAAGAUUUUGAGUUUCAACAUUUGCAACAACAUGAAUGGACCUUGA